AUGCAAAUGAUUUUCGUAUUCAUGGCCAUCGCAAUGUGUAGAUUAGAAGUUGCCGCUGUACAUUUCCGAACGCCCGAUGGGCACAUUCUCUUGCCGGAGCACAUUCCAUCGACACCAGUCCUGUUUAUGGAGUUUGAGGCAUUUUCAAGAAAGUUCAGGCUCAUGCUUACAGACUCGUCGCAUUACAUCAAUGGCAUUACAAUGAAGAAAAGCCUGUGCGACUUUUCAAUAUCAUCCCAAUCUGAAGACGACUGCUACGGCUCUUUGUCGUUCUGUGCAGAAAUCAGUGGUAGAUUUGUUUUGCACCAAUACAUAUACACUAUCAGAUCAACAGCAGCCAACAGCAUUCAUAUACACCAAGCAGAAUACACAGCACAUCAUCCAAAUGCAAUCACUGAGCUGAAAACAGCCACAUUACCGGCUAAGGCUACAAAGUACCCACAAAAGACAUUGCAAAUCUUCCUGAUCAAUGACUUUGAGCGUGUUCAAGAAGUCGGCCCUGGCAUUAACCACAAAACGGUGCAAAUGUUUAAUAUCUCAAAAAGCAUACUUGAAAAAAACAAAUGGAAAAGGUACAGCAUAAACCUAAAAUUGAACGGAAUACUAAAUGUGGUGCAUUCUCCAUUGGCUCAAAAUCAACCAAAUACACAUUCGACUCAAACAAUACUUGAAGAUCGAACUGAAGGGCUCGAACAAAUUGACAACAUCAGAGCUUUACAUACAUUCAGUGGCAUGUUUAGAUCAGUCGACAAUAAAAAAGAUGUAGUGGAAGAGCUGCUAGACCAGGCAGGUCUGAUUGUUCUUCUCCAACCAUCUGGACGCAUUGUCAGCGGAUUAACUUUUGCUAACGGGUUUGGAUCCUCCGAUAGAAGAUUCAGCAUAGUCAGGAUAUCAGGCACAGAUUCCUACUUCCACCAGGGGAGAAUUCUGGCACAUGAAAUAGCACAUUCAAUCGGUGCAGAUCAUGAACUGUGUGGGAUGUGCCUGAUGAAACCGGAAGCAAAUCCUGUUGGCAAUGAGGAUGAUGUGUUUCUGAGCAGUGAAGCCAUAGAUGCUGUGGAGCACUUUCUGUAUACAAGCAACAUUCACACUGAUGCAGCCAACACAUGUGGAAAUGGAUUGAUAAGUGAUGAUAAGGAAUGUGACUCGGGCUUGUAUGGUGGAUCACUAUGCUGCACAAAUAAGUGCAAAUUAAGGCCUGGGAUGCAGUGCGAUGGCUGA